UUUUGUUAUCUUAUUGAGAAUGCUAGCUUGCACCACGGUUUAUUAUUAGAGUGUUUUACUUAAUACUUUUAAAUAUUUAAAUAUUUUUUCUGUAGUUUUUGUUUCGUUUACGAGAUGAUACUUAGCUAAUUAUAUGAGGCAUGUGUUUUUCUUUAAUAAAUUGGUCAAAUUUAUUGGUUUGAAAAUAAGAAGUCAUUAACUGCUGCUAAACCUCCAGAAGGCAUUACUGUGGAAAUAAAAGAGCUCUUCAUCAAUACAAGUUAAUUAAAUGAUUCUGUGAUUUAUUUAACCAAACAAGAAUAGAUAGUAUAGUCUAGAAUGUAAAAUAUCUGUUACGAACGAAUCCUUUGACAAUAUGCGAUCUUUUAUUAUAUAUGCAGUCACCAAUUUUCUUUGAAGAAAAAAAUACAAUUUUGAAUGCUUAACUCUACUCGUUAAAAACGGUUUUUAUUGCAAUAUACGGGUUCCUUUACAAACCAAUGUUGAGAAAGGCGCUCUUUUGAGAGAGAACAUUUUUCGAACAAAUUAAACUACUUAUCAUUUCCUCUCAGUUGGAAUAAUCUGAAACAUUCAUUGACAUCGGGAAGAGUUAACAGGAACUCGUUUGGAAAACCUUAAUCUUGUUAUUAACAAGGGAUCUUGUACCAGAGUAUUGUCAUACAGUUACAUUGUAAGUGUUGUGAUCGUGUGGCACCGAGAUGGCGACGUUCAGCUCCAAUGACAUGGCCAUGGCCAUCAUCUUCUGUACUUUGGGCACCUUUCUCCUCAUGUCUCUCAUAUUCUUCAUCCUCAUUAAAUUUUGCUCAUUUCCUCGCGGAACAGGAGGGAAGGAUUCUACAGACGGUGGUAGAGGUCACAUCGCUCCACCAGUCAACCAGGGAGUCAACUCCAAUGGACGAUUUGUGGGUGAUGUAGAUGGGAAUUUGGGCGGAAGUGGAGGCGGGGGGACAGAGGAAGGAGUGGUUUGGGUAAAGAAGAGGCCGGAACAUGACUUAAACUUCAACAUUGAGCAGAGCGAGGGCAAUGAGUUUGUCAUCACAGACUUGGACGCCAGUCCGGAACUAAUGCAGCAAAUCGAUCAAGGAGAUAUUCUGAAGGGGUGCAUGAUUGACUUCCAAAACUGCACUUUGUCAAACUCCAUCGAGGUCCUCCAGGUAGUGUCUCCAUUCGUGGCCCAGUUGCAGGUGGAAAAGAAGAACCGAGCGGGUGGUGUUUCUGGCUCGACUGGCGCUGGGUUGGAUAUCAAUCCCCACGUGGCCAUAGACAUGCAAUCUCCUACUGCUGAUUUGAGAACUGGCCAAGAACUAGACGUUCAUCAGCAGCAACCUGAAAACAGAAAAGCAGGAGGGUCUCUGGUGUUCGACUCAGAAGCGAACAUUGAUGAAACUGAUAUCCCUGAUGGGCAAACCCAAAACAACUUUGAUCUCCAUGACGCUCCUCCGAUCUCCCCUUUCAGUGGCGAAAUCAAUGGGGUUGCAUCAAAUGAUGUGAAUAUAGACGUUCCUAAUCGAUCUUUCCAGUCCUCCCGAAAACCUUCAGCGAGCGAGAUAUCUUUUGACGCCAUAUUGAACGCGUCUAACUCUCGGAAAACCUCCAUGUUUGCAUCAGGGCCAGACUCCAAAGAAGUCCAUAUAGACAUUGACUUAGGAGUUGAUAAAAAUAGAAAUCUCAACUCAGAAAACCCUCGAAUGGCUCUGGAAACCCCGUCUGCCAGAACAGAAACCAAAACUACGCGCAAUGAAAUGGAAAUGGAUACACCAGAAAUGAAAAAGAAAGGACUUUUUGCAUGUUGUGGUCCUAGUCAGAAGUCUAAGAAGUCCCCGAAAAAUCCUCACCCCUCACAUAACACUCCAACUUUCAAUGCUGAAACCAACAUAGACACUGAUGUUGAAGUUGGAUUACCACAAGCAGAAUUAAUUAGUGAUGAUGUCAUAAGAUCUGACACGACACGCACCGCUGAUCUUUUUGCAGUCGCAGUAGACAGUAGUCUAGCGGAAACCCCAGAAGUAGACCACGAAAUGAAAUUUGCGGUACCUGAACCUAGUAUUCCUGCAGAAGUCCCUCGGGCUGGCAUAAAUCUAGAAAGUAGUCCAAAUCUAAACAUCUCAAAUGACAAAGACUUCGAAUUCAACCCUCAAAUUGACGUAGAUAAACCUGAAAUGCAAAAGGAUAAAAAGUUUGGCGUUGGUGGCAACAUCGAAAAGGAUGCGAACAUUGAAAUUCAAGGAAUUAAACUGAACAAAGGGUUUGGAUUCGGCGAUUUCGAUGUUGGUGACGAUACAAAUAAUGAAACUGAGCAACCGAAACUAAAGAAGGGUAUUAUUUUUGGGCUUGAAGGUGACAGUGAUGCGGAUGCUGACGUUGGAGCGAAUCUUGAGUUUAAUACUCCCAAAAUAAAUGGAUUCGGUUUUAAGACUGAAGCUGACGGGGAUCUGCCGUUUAGUAAGAGUAAAAAACCAGAGGUGGAUUUCGCUGAAAAUUAUGAUAAAUUUGCAGUCGAAACAGCCACAGGCGAGGAUGCCAAAAUCGGCUUCGAAGGUUAUGAAGGUCCAUCGCUUAAUAAGAACUUGAGUGCAAACCUGAAUAUGAGCAAUGGUGGAUUCAAUUUGGACGGCAUCGAUGCUCAUAACGAAGGAUUCGAUUUCGGCAUCUCUGCAAAUGCCGAUGGCGAUGAAGCCAGAAAAACUCAGUCGGACCUGGACGCCCGACUUGAGAAAAAAGUUCUUCCCAGUUUCGAAAGAGACGAUAAUCAUUCAAAAGAUGGGCUUAAAGUGGAAACGCAUGCUUUCGACAUGGAUGUUAAAACCGAUUUCGAUAAACCAAGAGUAAAAACUAACUUUGGCGCAAAGUUCAAUGAUGACGAAAGCGACCUCCAAAAAGAUGACAAGAAAAACUUCGGUUUUGGCACAAGUCCAAAUGCUCAAGAUGAAAAAGAUGGUUUCAAUUUUGGAAUUGACCUUGACGAUCCCAGUGCAGAAAUAGAGAAAGAAGCCCGUCUGGAGAGCAAAAAGGUUCCAGUUGACUUCAAAGCCAGUGCGAAUGUCUCCGCACCCGAAUUUCUCGGAGAAGGUGAUAAAGAGGGAGAAGGCUUGAUGGGAAAAUUGAAAAAAGGGUUCGGGUCCAUGUUUGGAGGAGACAGUGACGAAGAGCAAGAAGCUAAAGUGAAACAAGAUGUGAACAAGAGUCUUGAUCGGCCUGUAUUGAAUGUAGAAGCCACUGCAGGUGUAUCGAAUGAAAUUGCAAUUGACAAUGACGUUAAAAUGACAUCGAAAGGCAACAAGACUCCUAAAAUGCAGGCUUCUGUGGGCUUGGACACCGGAGUCAAGCGGGAACUGACCAAUGGACCCAGCGAACCCAGUGACAUUAAAUCCAAGAGUGAGUCUACUGGAGACAAGGACAAAGAUGGCAAGCACGUGCUGGCAGUGUACAAGCCAGAGUACAAGAUAAUCAUCGACCCAGUGACUGGACAGAAGAAAAAGUUAAGGAAGAGGAGAAAGGAGGAGGGGGAAGAGUGGAAGGGCAGAGACUAUGACAUCAAGAUCGAUCCCCGCACUGGCGAGAAGGUCAAAGUCAGGAAACACACCCCGCGCGCCACAUCUCACGAACCCCUUUCUGCCUCCCAAAUGGAGUCACCGGCCGCAAACAACAGGACUUCAAAGUCCGCGGAGAGACCUCAGACAUCUUUAAAACAACAGAGUCCCGGAAGCCCAACAGGUAUGCCUAAUGGGGGAGGAGAGUGCGAACUAUCCAUAGACACCAACAUGGAUAUCACUGGCGAAGUGGACGGAAAAGCGUCUGCUGGAUCUUUUCUGGAAGCCAAGUUACCAUCGGCAAAAGUAGUAACAGCGGCCAGUAAUGAAGGCUUCACAUCUCGCAAGGAACUCGACAUGAUUGACAAAUCUCUGGAAGAAUUACGAGCCGCCCAGAGCAUCUCAGUGAACGCAUCUGGACCCCGGUUUGGAUAUUCUUCCGCCGGAAUUGGGCGCGGCUCAGAUUCCGAUUAGACUUAUUAUUGAACCCUUCCCUUUUUGCAAUUUUCUACAAUAUGUAUCUUUUUACUCGGUUAUAUGUGCUAUUUUGGACAAAUCGCAUUCGGAUUUUAGAUUUUAUCUCUUUUGUGUAUAGUGACUACGUUGCACCUGUCUUUAACGCGGUUAAAAAUUAGCAUUGUGUGGUAUUAUAUGUCACUUUUGUGAACAAGCUUCCAUUAUUAAAUGAGAUGUAGUUUCAAAUUUAAACAGUUGUAAUCGGAUCUUAAGAUUAAUAAAAAACAGUAUAAAGUUGUUGUGUAAUAUUAAAUUUAUACCUUUUCCUAAA